AGUGAGUUGGGUUACAAACUGGAGUGCAUACUUAAUCCCCGAAGCCCAUCAUCCCGGUGCGAGUAAUCUAAUCUGCUCGGACGGUCCGGUCCGGCGAACUUGUUUGUUGCCGAUUGUUGGUACUAUACACACAUUCUGUUGUCACGGGCACUUACAUCGUUCGCGAUCUUCCAACCUACCCACAAACACCGUGCGGUAUGUUUAUGAUCCAUUUGCCAUUUGCCACACACGCACGCACACAAGGCCGUGAAGGCCCGAUUGAUCUGUUUGUGUGAUGUCAGCGCAGUGAUUGCUGGAUAUUUACUUUAAAAUGCAUGGUCAGCAAGUGCUUUGCUAGGACUGUUAUCGGCAAACAGAAAUGUAGCACACUACAACGUCAUCGCCCGCCGGAGAGAACGAAUCUUGCAACUUGUGAACAUUAACCAGUCGACAAUGACUGAUAAGGGUCGGACAUCGCGACGAUCCAGCCCGAUCGAGCGAGAGGGCAAACACUUUCACGAACUGAAUAUGCAUUGCCGCUGUGGCGCACCAUGUUUGCGUGUACCCCUUCUUCCCGCUUCACGCCCUGCUGACCUACCGCCAGCCGACCCUUUUGCUAAGUGCUUCCUCCUUUGGCUCGUUGACAAACGGGUCUUCUUUACUGCCAACCACUAUUGUAGCCCACGUUCUUGUAAACCGGUUAGAACAGGCUCAUCUCUCGAGCCAUACCGAUAGGGCCGCGCAGUCUUUGCGGGCGGUUGUUGAGACGGGUGGUCAUCGGGUUAAUUUGCAGAGCGUAACGGCAAUUUUGUUGCCACCGCCGACCACAUUCAGGAACGGUCUGGCGCGCGAUACAGUCGAUUACUACGGGACAGGCACACACGGUUUGUGUUCGAUUGUACAGUGAAAUCACAGAGGAAGGUCACACGAGGAAGCUCGGUGUGCGUUGGUUGGUUCAAGCGCAAUAAUCAUCAUCCUCAGCAAACGGGUGCAACAAUGGUCAUCAACUUUGGGGCAGGUCCGGCCAAGUUGCCGCGCGAGGUGCUGUGCGAGGUGCAGAAAGAUUUGGUCGAGCAUGGCACGAGUGGCAUGAGCGUGAUGGAGAUGUCCCAUCGAGGCAAUGCGUACGUUGCAUUACACAACGACACUCUGGCCCUGGUCAAGGAGCUGCUUGACGUACCGGAUAACUAUAAGAUCCUGCUGAUGCAGGGCGGAGGUACCGGGUUGUUUGCUGCCGUUGCGAUGAAUCUAAUUGGCAAAACGGGCAAAGCAGAUUACAUCGUCACGGGUAGCUGGUCAUCGAUGGCAGCAAAGGAGGCGGCACGAUACGGAACGAUUAAUUAUGUAGUGCCCAAGCAGGAGAAAUUCACCGGCAUUCCCGAUUCGCAGCAAUGGAAGCUCGAUCCAGAAGCAUCGUACGUCUAUUACUGUGACAAUGAAACAAUUGGUGGCAUUGAAUUUGAUUCGGUGCCAGAAACCAACGGCGUGCCGUUGGUGGUGGAUAUGUCGUCGAAUAUGCUGUCGCGAAGAGUAGACGUGAAGAAGUUUGGCGUCAUAUUCGCAUGUGCGCAGAAGAACAUCGGCCCGUCCGGCAUUACGUUGGUGAUAGUGCGGGAAGAUCUGAUCGGUCAAGCAAUGCCAAUCACUCCAACCAUUUUCGACUUUGCAAUCAUUUCUAAAGCGAAUUCAAUUAGUAACACGCCGCCUACAUUUAUCAUCUACGUGAUGGGACGUGUUUUUGCUUGGAUCAAACGAAACGGUGGCGUGGAUGAGAUGUACCGCCAAUCGCUGGUAAAAUCUGAAUUGAUAUACGACGUGAUUGCCAAGUCCAGCGGGUUCUAUUACUGUCCGGUCGAUAAAAAGGUGCGCAGUCGGAUGAACGUACCGUUCCGCAUCGGCGGUGCAAGCGGAGACGAGGAGCUAGAAAAACAAUUCCUAAAAGGUGCCGAAGCGCUAGGCAUGCAACAGCUGAAAGGACACCGAUCGGUCGGUGGUAUACGUGCGUCCCUGUACAACGCGGUAACGGUCGAGGAAGCAACGGCCCUGCAACAGUACAUGCUGGAGUUUUUGAAGAAGCACCAGAAAGCUUAAAAACUCUUUAAGUGCAGCGAUCAAUGCAUAUUGUCGUGCCGCUUUCGUACGGUACGCUGUUCGCUAUAAGUUAAGUAGAACAAUGUAUUUUAAUUGACAUUCUCCUGCCGAAAUAUAUCAUCCAAAAUAGA